ACUUUCAGGUUAUUGUUUUAUCAGGUUACACAGAUACUGCGAUACUGGAUACAUUCUUGUGAGGGAAAUAUUUAGUAUCGUGUAAACAAGGUUGCGGGGCGAAUGUUACCCUGGUUGAUGGUGUCAGACGAAGGAAAUAUUUCAAGCUUAUGAUAGCUGUUAGUGAAGACGAUUACACAAAAAGAUGUCAGAGCAGAAUGGGACAGACAAAGUGGCACCAGUCAAGGGCCAGAGUGCAGGUUGUGGCUCACCAGCAGGGCCCAGUGGAGCUGUGUCUGCACGGCUGCCAUCCUUUCGGGCGCCCCGUGACCUGACCCUGUCCGCUGCCACCACAGCCCUAGUGAAGCCCUCACUCAUCACCAGGACCCGCAAAACAUUCUCCCCAAACAUUCCCACAAGAAGAGAAAAAGUAGAUCAUUCAUAUGAAACUCAUACAGAGAAACCGAAUAGAAGGCGCGACAAGAAUACCAAGGAGGGAGGCAGGGGUCGAGGGGAAGGAGGCAGGGGUCGAGGAAGGGCAAAGGAGUUUAUACAGACAACUGGUUCACUAUUUGGAGCAGGUAUUGCCUCAUCCUCCCAGAGACGUGGCUUUGGAGGGGGCUCUGGUGGUGGUGUAGGAGGUGGUGGUGGAGGCUCGGGGAAGAAUUCAGAGGCUGGUUUUGUACACAAGCCUGUACUUAACUUGGAAACGGUCAACAACAUUGACCAGGAACAUGAAGACCAGAAAUUGAAAGAAAUUUUACGAGAUGAUUUCAUUGAUGACCCUGAUGAUGCAAUGGGGCAGCCUGGGGACGAGGACCUCUACCCUGUACAGUUGCCUCUAGUCAACUGUGCCCAAGGUUUUAAGGAAGAAGGGGAUGUGAAGGGUGUUGCUGGUUCAGACCCAACUCUAAACAAAGUGGAAGUCAAAUCAGAGCCAGCAGAUCUCAGUGAGGAGCCAAGUGGAGACACAGUGGGACCGCCAGCAAAGAAUAUGAAGAUGCCAGACAGGAAGAUGCCACUUAAAGGUGGUAUGCUGGUACAAAAAGCACCAGAACUCACAGCUGCACAGCUCCUGUCAGGAAAGCAUGAAGAAUUUAUGUUUUUCCAGCUGCCCAAUUCUCUUCCAAGUCACCCUCCAGAAGUGAAGCAGGAAUCCAGUGCAACAUACUCACAGCAGCAGCAGCAGCAGCAGCAGCAACAGCAACAGCAACAACAACAGCGGGAGAAGCCUUCUGGCAGCAAUGAACAUGAAGAGGAGGAGAAGAAAGCCAACCAACAGUACUGCACUCUGAACACCUUACCUGAGGGGAAGAUUGGCACUGUCAAGGUGUACAAGUCUGGCAAGGUGGAGCUGUGGCUGGGGAAUCAUAAGCUGUCUGUGAGCAAAGGAACACAAGUGGGCUUUCUACAGGACGUGGUGAAUGUGGAUGUUGACCAAGAGGCCAAGACUGGAGCUAUGACAGUGCUGGGCCACGUGGGCCAUCGGCUAGUGUGUACACCCGACCUGGAGGAACUCGUCAGGCAGAUGAAAACUUAGCAUCGGCUCCGCCUUAGGCACUCUGGCAUUUAGUGUUGUUGUCGUGUUGAGGAAAAGCUUUAAGGUUUAUUUUUUUACAAUCACUCACCUUGCUGUGAGACCAUUUUUUUUCUCUUUGGUAGUGUACUCUGCUUGAAAUACACUGUGUUUUGUGAUCUGUGUUGGGUGCUAACACUUACUGAUGGUUUGCUCAUCAGCAUAGCACUGAGGAGCCCGCACUCCUCUCCAGGACUCAACGCUCGGAUGUUCUGUGAUCGGUGCCGUGAUGAAUCUUGUAUGGAUCUCUUCCUUUGAAGUCCCUUUUAUAAGACACACUUCAGUGUAGUUUUAUAUUACAGAAAAUAGCUUGGGAUUAGAUUUGUACGUAAACCUCUUAGUGUUUGAUAAGUGAGAUUUGAAAGUAAACAGAUAUGAGUGAAAUGAGUAGUUUAGUUCUUCACUAAUUAUUUAUUUACAUAUUCAAUAAAACUUGGAAUU